CUGAAAAUGAAUAACACCGUAACAUCGUCCACUUAUGUCCGUAACCUGGGCCCAGGGCUAUUUAGAAAGCUGGCGGAUUUUCUUGAUCCACAAGAUGGAUGGAAAACGUUAGCGACGGCUAUACAAAAAGCUUCAGGUGAACCCCGAUACACACAGCUCCAUAUACGGCGAUUUGAAGGAAGCAUCCAAAAGGGAAAAAGUCCAACGCAAGAAUUACUUUAUGACUGGGGGACCACAAACUGCACCGUCCGCGAUCUCACUGACCUACUUCGGAAGAAUAAUUUUUUGACCGCCGCUUCAGUUUUGCUCUGUGAUCAAGAAACAAGUUCUGCCUGCCCAACAAUCCCUAUCGGCGAUUUGGAGAAAAAGCAGACCACACCUGAAAAAUGUAACCAAACCAAUCAUGGAAACCCUGUUUGUCAAAGCAUAGAUCCAGAGGAGAAUGAUGAAGAGACAGGGUUUGGUAUUUUCUCCUUUAAUGAACUGAAAAGAAUUACAAGAAAUUUUGAUGAUCGUCCAGUUUCUCAAGGAGGCAAUAAAAUUGGAGAGGGGGGUUUUGGAGUGGUUUUUCAAGGACAACUAAAGUCUGAAAGAGUGGCAGUAAAAAAACUGACAAUAGUAUGUCUUAUCAACGCUGAACUACAAAAUUGUGAAUAACCUUUUAUUCUAUAUCUUUCUAGAUGUCGGCAUGAAAAUAUUGUGAAACUGCUUGGCUUUGCAAAUGAUGGUGACCAUUGCUGCUUGGUUUAUACUUAUAUGUCAAAUGGCUCUUUGCUGGACAGGCUAGCUUGCCUGAAUAACACGGCUCCAUUAUCCUGGAAUACAAGAUGCAAUAUUUCAGUAGGAACUGCAAAGGGCAUUAAAUAUUUACAUGAAAACAAUCAUACUCAUAGAGACAUAAAGAGUGCAAAUAUCCUUCUCGAUGCUUAUUGUACCCCCAAAAUAUCAGAUUUUGGGCUUGCAAGAGCAACUGGGCAACAUGCUCGUACUAUGAUGACGGAAAGAAUUGUUGGUACUACAGCUUAUAUGGCCCCAGAAGCCCUGCGAGGGGAGGUCACUAUAAAAGCUGACAUAUUUAGUUUUGGUGUGGUGUUACUAGAAGUUAUCUCUGGACUCCCCCCAUUUGAUGAGACACGAGACCCUCCAUUAUUGCUUGACAUUAAAGAAGAAAUUGAAGAGGAGGAAAAAACUCUUGAAGAAUGUGUGGACAAAAAGAUGGGAGAUGUGGAAUUCAGCUUGUUGGAAAAAAUGUACGGCCUUGCCACUCAGUGUUUGAACCAGAUGAAAAACAAAAGACCAACCAUUAUCACGGUGCUACAUACUCUGGAGGAUAUAACCUACUCUUCAUCUGGUUCCUGAGCUUUUCUUACAUAAUAUGUACAUAAUAUGUGAUUUUAUAUUUAACAGCAUUAAGCUCUAAAAGUUACGGGGCCGUCUAUUUUCACUACAGGUCGCUAAAUGCUUUGACCUGAGAAUUAGAACAAGUCAAGCAAAUGUAUACAUUUUAAAGGUUCCCCAUCUUCUCUUUAC